CUAUAGAGCUAAUCGGAGCCUCGUCCUUCAUGUUUGCUCAGGUUUGUUUCUACCUAGAAGUAGCCGGGGUGUUAAUAAAGCUGUAAGAUAAAAAGUGCAUCAGUGGGUGAUCUCUGGAAAGAAGAGAAACUGUGUGGAGAUCAUCUGUAACUGCUUAGUUACUGUUACAGGAAAGUUUGUAGAGAGAUAAGCUAACAGAGAUGUGGAGACAUCAGGUCAAACAGCGACUGGAUGCAGCAGAGGAGCAGAGUCAUGAAGUACUGGAUGCUGCUUCCAGCUCCGAGGAUUCCGGUGUUCAGCUAAUGCUAUUGGUGGAGGAAGAUGCUCCUAAAGAACAAAGUUCUGAUGGGAACCAGGAAGAUUCCGACUACAUCCUUGUAAAAGAGGAACGGGAAGAUCUCUGGGCCAAUUUGGAAGAAGAGAAUGACAAGGAAGAUACUGAUGAAACAUUAUUUCCAUUAAACAUAGUUAUUGUUAAGUGUGAGAAUGAUGAUGAAGAAGAUGAUAAUGAAAAAAAGCCUUUGUUCUCACAUUUUCAUCAAACAGAAGGCGAUCUUCCAAGCAGCAGCAGCUUGGCAGACGAGAAGAAAGGAGAACUGGAUGAAAAUGACUGUGAAGUAGCAGGAUCCAGCAGAAAACUUAAUCGAAACCCUUGUGGAGACACUUUGAACUCUUCAGACACUGAAGAAAGUGGAGAUUAUGAGGAGUCAAAGUUUCAUAACGCAGACCUUAAACCCCUGUCAGAUUCUGAGUCUGAAACCAAAGAUGGUGACAAUGACUGGGUUCCAGGUUCAGGUAGAAACCUGGUUAAAACAUCUCUGAGCUGCACCGAGUGUGACAAUCAGUUUGCAAGCAAGCAUUCACUCAAGAGACACAUGAAAUGUCAUUCGAUCAUCCGGUCUUUAAACUGUUCAGUCAACAAUAAAAGUGUUAGGAAGCAGAAGAACUUAAAUUCCCCCAAAAAAGAUCCGGCAUCCAUUAAGUACUUUAGCUGUGACUGUGGAAAAAGUUUUACCAGAAGAACAGAUCUAAAGAUUCACAUGAGAAUUCACACUGGAGAGAAACCUUUCUGUUGUGACGUUUGUGGUCAAAGGUUUAACCAACAGGCGCAUUUAAACCAACACACCAGAAUCCACACAGGAGACAAACCGUUUUGUUGUGAAGUUUGUGGGAAAAGAUUUAGCCAAAAGGCACAUUUAAACCGACACACAACUAGCCAUUCUGGAGAGAAACCCUUUGAGUGUGACGUUUGUGGGCAGAGAUACAGCCAACAGGCCAACCUGAACAAACACCGGAGGAGCCACACUGGGGAAAAACCCUUUGGAUGUGAUUUGUGUGGACAAAGGUUUAGCCACAAGGAGUCACACAAAAUCCACAUGAGACUGCAUUCAGGGGAAAAACCAUUUGGCUGUGAUGUUUGUGGACAAAGGUUUAGUCACAAGGAGUCCCAUAAAAUCCACAUGAGGACACAUACAGGAAUAAAGCCAUUUAGCUGUGAGGUCUGUGGACAAAGGUUUGGCUACAAGUCAAAUUUAAAAAUACACAUGAGACUCCACACUGGAGAGAAACCUUUUUCCUGUGAUCUUUGUGGUCAAAGGUUUAUUCAAAAGGCAAAUUUGGACAAACAUGCUAGAGUUCACAUGGAAGGGAGAGGUGUUUUACUCUGAAUACCAGAAAGACCAGUUCUGACUCGGUUUGGUCUCCAAACUUAAACUGUUAAAGGACUUAAGAUAGCUUCUGUUUGCAGGUUUCAGUGUUGAGUUGGAUUGUUACUAUUCUUGAAACAAUGCUGAUUAUAGCUGUUUUUAUCAUAUCAUCAAAUGUUCUGAUUUAUAUUUUAGUUAGUUUAUUGAUCAACACAAAUGUUACAUUAGCCAAAUUACUUUAAAAAGCUACUGGAUUGUCUGGUCUGUGUAUAGUCCAGAUAAUAUGGUGAUUUAAAAUAUCACAAGCAUAUACUAUAGACAAUAUAUUUUUUUAUAAAAAGAAGUCUGACAUUUUUAAGAUAAUAGUGUUGGUUUAGUAAAAGGUAUAGGUAGGUAGUUUAACAAAUUCUGGUUGCCCUGAACCUGCAGUUUCUGAUUUUCAUUUUAUUGCUUUAUUUAGACAUUAAAGCAGUGAAGAGUGAUUUUAUGAGUAGUAAUUUUCAGGGUUCCUUUUCACGAAGCAGGUUUAACAAACUCAGAUUCAAACCCUCAACUAUAAAUUGAUCUAGCCUAAAGUCGGGAACUCUGAGUUUUCAGUUUUACAAAUGCUGCUAUGAAAUAGUUCAAUCAUCUCUAAGUAGAACCACUCAGAUUUUAGCAUGUACGUAAUAAGUUAUCAGUAGAGCCCCAAUUAGACAAGUCACUAUGACAACAGGUAACAGGAACUGCCUAUUACACCCCACUGGAAAUAGGGCUUUUAAUGCAAAUAAAAAUAAAUGGAGAAUGUGUAAAAGACAAAGAAGCCGCUCUACAGCUACAAAGGAGAGGAAGAUGGAGGAGAUUGUUGCUCGCGUUUAUGCUUAGGUUUAUAUGAAGUCCACAUUUAUUAGGAGGACACUUUUCUCUGGUGUUGCAUCUGUAGAUCACUAGAACAAAUAUAUUCUAAAUCACACUUUUUGAGCAGAGACUGAAUUUUAGAAAGUAAAAAAACAAAACAUACUAGUAAGAAUUAAGUUUUAUAUAUGUAGAAAUGUUUACAAAUUUUAAGUGGCUGUUUUGGCAUUUAUCAGCUUGACUGAAUAUGUAUUUGUGGUAUCUAAAAUACAUUUCCUAAUGGUCAAAACUUCAGUAAAACUAAUACAUAUCAAAAUGGCUUUCCGUAGCCUGUUACCACGAUAAUAUUACGGAAUUAUUUCUUGAAUUGUAGUGGAUCAAUUUCUGUAUUUAGGUAAAAUCAUCUGGCAGCAGGUGAAGAUGAAGAACAAAAAUGUUCUAAUAAAUAGAACCUCAUCGUCUCAUGUGGUUCUUCAGUUUGAUUCUAACUUCUUUUACACAUUAAAGGUACACUAUGCAACCGGUGUUGAUUUUCCAGCGAGGCUCCCCCCAGAGGGCUAAAGUAAAAGUGCACUGUCGUAAAUAUGCACAGCUGUUCUCCUGGUUUCUCCGUCAAGCCA